AUGGAACAAUUAAGAGAAUUUAAAGUUAACAUAUGUGACAAUGGAACGUUUACGUUAGCCUUCCCUGUUGGAAGUAUUUCAACCGAUGAUUGUCUGAUAGAGUCUCCAAGAAGAAUCUUACAAACUAACGCUCAUAUGAUUCAAGAAGGUCAUGGGCAUAAUUAUCAUAUACCUUUACCAAUUGAACAACUUCCGAUACAAGUGGAGAAAUUCACUGAAAACUCAUUUUUGCUGCCAGAAGAAAAUGAUGAAAAAGAAUUUCAAAUAGUAAGACAACUCACAGAUCUUAUCCAAUUCAGAUCAAGUGACAUUAAUUGGUAUGUCAUAGCCCUUACAUGUGUAACUUUGAUUUUAAGUGGAAUGCUUGUCACAUUUUUCCAUUUCUGA